AUGCCUAAAAUGUCAAUAGAUUCAAAGAAAGGGGUUCCCAGAUUUGCAUUGGUGGCAUUCAAAGACUUAUUAGAAAGUCAUGUUUACGCCACAAAUGACAUAUCCGGACCGAAAUCUAUGGGCACUGGAGCAACAGUCAAAACCACCAUUCAUGGCGAUAUUUUCAAGGGAACUAUAGUUUCAAUGGCUGAUAAUGAAAAUUACUUGAAACAGCAAAGUCAGUCAUUAAAUGUUACUGGAUUUUUUGGUGUUCCCAAAAGUAAAAAGUCAUUGGGGAGAGGAAAGAAUCUUCCCAAGAAGACCAAUAUACCACCGACAAAUGAAACGUCACAGCAAUUGACUAGUACGCCUUCCUCAUCAAAAUAUCGUCGCUUGUCUGUAAGAAAUCUACCGUCUCCGAUAAAUCACACCAAGACUACUAUAAGUGAAUUUUGUUUAAAGUCGCUGAAAUCUCUCGCGACAACAUUCGCUUCGAAACUAUCUUCUGCACAAAAUGAUUCUGCUGAUGACGUUGAUUUUAUUACCAUUUCACUGGUUGAAGCAUCUUUUGACAGUUCAAGCUACGCUAAACAACUCGAGUAUCGAGAAAGCUUUAGAAACCAACCCCGUUGUAUCAAAGAUGUUCCAGAUUACAAAGUAGAUUUGUCAAUGAACUUUUCCAGUUUUUCAUCUACUAUUGAUUCCUUACAAAGUCACAUUCAUCCACUUAUCAGUGUAACAACCAACAUACCAAACAACCAGUCACCAGUAGAAAUCCCAUCACCCAUGAAUGUGGCAACACAACAUAUGGCAGGAACUCUGAAUGGGGCCUUUACUUCUGUUUCCUCCUUAAUGGAUACUGUAGCAUUAACUAGAGAUGUUUCGAAGUUAAGUCGCCAAACCCGUAUUCCAGUUUUUACUAGCUCAACAACCAAGCCCGGUGUAGUACUUGAUAGAGAUAAUAACACUAUCUCAUCUGAAUUACAUUCUACCAGGAAUGUAGAUACUGACGUAUAUCUAAAUGCGUUCUUUCCACCAUCACCUUGUUCUUUACCCUCUGUUCAGGAUGACACCAGAUCAGACUUUGAUGGCUCUUUUAAUAUUGGUGGACGAAUGGAAGCAACUGUCAUUCUAGAUUGUUUGUCUGAAGACGAGUUAACAUCUAUUGAACAGUCAUCUGUUUCUAAAGAAAUAGAGUUCCCAUCUAAACCACCAACAUCAGAUAAUAAAUCACCAGUAUUCAACAUGUCAGUGACCCCAGAAUCAAGUGGAUGUGCGUGUAAUACAAGAAUGUAUAAUUUUAAUUCAGAAGGUGAUGUCCACAUGGUGACCAUUCAAGACAGCAAAACUGUAGCAUUAACGAUAAUGGACAGGUCCGAACUCCAGUAUCAUUCUUUUAUGAACUCAUCGGACAAGGAAAACAUUUCACCCAAGACACAGUUUUUUGAUGAACAAAUUAAAUGUUAUCAGGACAGAUUUCUACAAAUCACUCCAACAGAGUUGUUUUACGGUCUGAUGUUGCGAUCUGAUUAUCCACCUAGAAUGGAUGAUGUUUCCUUCUUUACAGAAACUAUUUUAUUACAUCUUACAUCUGUGUCCUCGAGACCUGAGGUGUUUGCAAGAAAUCUACUGUAUCGAAUGUUUACCUUAGCAGAAUUACAGAACUCAAGUGUGUAUGGUAGAGGAUUUACAAAUGAACAACGAAACACUGCUCUUAACGUUGAUAAAAUUCGAUUGAUUCGAGAACUGACCUUUGUUCUGUACAGUAACGUGAGAUUUAGCUGGAGAAAUUGUGUUUUAUGGAUGGACAAAUCUAUUAAAUAUGUAAAUAAAUUAUUGUAA